CCCUCCAAAGCAGCCAUUUUCUCCCUGGGAAAGGGUCUCGGUGUCCUGGAGAUCAGUUGCACUUCCAGUAGAUCUCCAGCUACUACCUGGAGGUUGGCAACAGCAGUUCCCUCCCCCCCCAGUGGGGAGGAGGAGGACUUUGGAGCAGCUGCUCUGACGACUGUGGUCUGUGGUCUGUGGAGGAAGAGAAACAAUGGAAUACGGAGAAUACUGUGUGUGUUUGUCUUGGAAGGGAGAGAAAGGUGUUGAUGGGAUUUACAGUUCUUGCAGACAUGGAGGAGGAGGAGGAGGAGAAUCGACACCCCCCAGUAAGGGAGGAUCCUGCACGAGGUGGGGAGAAGCCGACCGCCGAACCAUCUCUUGAUGUGGAUUGGGACCAAUCGGGUGCCUUCUGUGCUGGCCAGGUUAUCAUUUUGAAAGCUUUGCAGCAAGCUGUGGGCAGUGGCUUGGCUGUUGAACUGCAAGACCCAGUCAGUGACAAAGAUGUUGAAUACAAGUGCACAAGCCGAAGAAAAUGGUGCCGGAACUCCAGAUCUGAAGGGCUCGGAGUCAAUUGGCUUGGAAUGGUGGAUCCUGCAUUGGUCAGUGAUAGGAAUCCCCCAAUGCGUGAGGGUUUUGAGGCUCCCUCUUCUGUUGUGGUACCUGCCUUGGCUGGAGUCCUGGAUUACCUGGAAUGGACUUGCCGAUUGCCCCAGGGAGUAGCGAGCUCCUUGGGGACCCAGGCAGUUGAUGAGGAAGAAGGUAUGGAAGAGGUCGAGCUGGUGGCUGAAGUGCGGCUGGGGGAUGUUGGUGCCUUGUCGGGCAUCUUUAGAAGAGAUCGGUCCUGGAGGAUGCAGAAGUCUGCCUGCCUUGGAUCAUCAGCACCUUGCUGGAGAGGAAGGAAAGACUGCUUCAUCGGCCACCCUUCCCUUCCAGAACAGCCCUACCCACUGGACCCUCACAGAACUCUGCCAGUAAUGGACAAGGGCCCUUGGACUUCUGCUUUAGUCGGGAGUGAGGUUUUGCAGUCCCCCACAGCAGACAGGACUUCUCCUUCACCGUGUCUGGGCAUGACUCUGGGCACUGGCAUGGGCGUAUCCAGUGGGGGGCAGCAGCGCCCUCAGAGUGCCACAGGUCGUGAGUCUGAAUCCCAGCAGCGUUCCCAACCACCCGCUAAUUCCUUGGAUAAGGCAGAUUGCAGCACCUCCUCCUCUUCCUCGUCCUGUUCUUCAUCGACAUCUUCCAUGUCCCGCCACCAGGGCCUCCCUGGCGAAGGAGGUAGCAGUGGCUCCAUCAACCCCUGCCCUGUAAUGCGCUCCCCAGACUUAGAUAUUUAUGAUCCCUUCCACCCUACUGAUGAGGAUAACCUGAAUGGUGAUUUUGGCUUUGGUGACUCGCCCCACAAAGAGUCAGAGGGUGGCCGGCACGACCAGAAAUAUGACCCCUUUGACCCCACAGGAUCCAACCCUAGUUCUUCUGCUAGCACCCCUUCUCCCGAGGAGGAUGAAGAUGAGGACGAGGACGAGGAGGAAGAUGACCGUGACCAGCAUCCUCCAGACAUGUCCCACAGCAUCAGCCGCAUCUCAGAAACACUGGCUGGGAUCUAUGAUGAAAAUAGCUUGAGCCAAGAUUUCCCCAGUUCAGACAAAGGUCAAGAAGAUUCAGAGCCUGAAGCGGAACCUGGCAGAGAUUAUGAAAGUGAGUCAGUCUGUCCCACUGAGCCCCCCGAUGGCAAGGACCCCCCUGGUGCUGAUUCCACACUGCCUGAGGAGCUUCCCCCAGAACAAUUGGAAUCUAAAGCUCCUGAGCCGCGCCGAAGAGUCUUUGUGGUAGACAUAGCUCCUAAAGGCCGCUUGGAUGCUGAAGCAAAACCUCAGCUAGAGGGGAAAGUGUCCCUGGAGGUGGUCACUGUUGGAAAUGCUAAGCUAAGGACUGGGGAGAAGGCGUCCAAGGGAAGUGGGCAUCACCGAGGUGGGCGCCGGUCAUCCAUGGAUUGGGAUGGAAGUGGAGGUGGUGAGUCAGAAAUUGAGGAAGGUGAGAUUGUUCAGCCAGAAGAUGAGAGGUAUAGCCCCAUACGACUGUUCCGAAGCAGAUGUCGCCCUGCUGAGCAGCGUACCCUGCGGGUGGUGGAAGGAGAUGAUUUCCUGUCAUUACAUGCUGACUCAGAUGAUGAAGGAGCCUUGCAGAUUGACUUCAGUGAGAGCCAGCCUGAUCCACGUUGGAAGGGUGUGGAUUUGAGGCGGAAGAUCCUGACUCAACGCAGAGAACGCUACCACCGUGCCCCAUCCCCCUUGCCACCACCUCCACCGCCUCCAGCCCCCAAACGCCCUGCUUCCAAGUCCCACUCUGGUUCUAGCUCUGGCUCCUGUAAGAAAUCCAAAAGGGAGCGCAAAAGAUCACGAGAGCACAAGGCCUCAAAAACCAAGGAACCAUAUGCCUCUUCAUGGAACCUGAAGAAGAAAUCUAAGUCGCGCUCAAAAUCCAAGGAACGCCGACGCUCACGCCACAGGGCCUCACGGUCUCGCUCACACCACCGAACCUCCCGUUCCUGGUCACCAUCAAUCAGCACUAGCUUGUCUGCUGUUGGUUCCUCGCAUACCUCUGCCGAGCGACGCAAGAGUAGGCGUUCCAAGUCAAAGGAGAAGCGGCGUGGGCGUCAUUCCCGAUCCCACAGUAGUAGUCGGGCCCAUCGUAGUCGGCACAAAGACAAACACCGAGGGGACAGCAGCAGGAAAAAGAAGAAACGUUCUCGAUCUCGCUCACGUGAGAAGCAUCCCUCCCGUCGGUUAUCCAAGGACAAGGAGCGGGAAGUCCACCUGCUCGAGGAACCCAAGUCAGAAAAGGUAUUGAUGGAAAGACGGAGAGAUGCACGGACUGUGGUGCCGCCGUCAAUCCAAGAUCUCAAUGACAAUGACCUCUUCACCAUCAAGAGAACCAUCACGGUUAACCAGCAAGAGAAAAUGGAGGGACUGUUGGAGACUCCAGAAAGGGCAAAGCGAGAGGUGCUGUAUGAUUCCGAGGGGAUGAGUUUUGAUGCUUGUUUCUCAGACCGUGAGACAGCUGAGGAAUCCAAAUCUAGUGGGGCUCGCUUAGCAGCCAAGGAGGACACAGUCCCCUCCCGUAAAGACAAACGACCUGAGGAGGAUACCAAGCAGAAGGUGCCCAAGGAGAAAGAGCGCAAGAGGGCCUACCUUGAGGACCGCCCCUGUGCUCGUGACAAAUACAAAAAGAAGCUCAAAGAGGGGCCUCCCUGUUCCGAACAACAGGAAUUGCCCAAGGCAGAAAAGAAAGCCCGGCCUGAGAGGGACAAGGCAGGGAAGAAAAUUAAAGCUGGAAGCCACAAGGAGAGUAGCAAGCUAGGCUCAGGGCGGAAAGUGAAGCUCCAGUCUAAGGUGGCAGUGUUGAUCCGGGAGGGAGUAAGCAGCACCACGUCAGUGAAGGAGGUGGGCUCCAUCGGUGUGAAGUUUAGCCGUGACAAGGAGAGCCGUUCACCUUUCCUGAAGUCAGAAGAGAAGGUGCUAAUGGUUGGGGCUUCAGCAGCAGGCCAGAGCGAGAUGGCUGACGUCAAGGAGCCAGGCUUCAAGCCCAAGAAAGUCAAAGGACUAAAGGCCAAGGUGGGUGUGAAGAAGCUGAAGGGACUCAAACCAAAAGGCACCUCAGAGCCCAAGAAAAAGAAAAAGCUCAAGGUGAAGACAGGGCUGAAGAAGUCGAAAGCGGACAGCUGCAGCCAGGGUGCAAGCAGCCCUUUGAGGGUCAAGGAAGAGCCUUCAUGGUCUGGCUCGGAGAAGUCAGGGGGCACAGCCAAGCCGCCGAGCCCUCAGCCAUUGGCUCCUGGCCAAGAGCUCACGCCCGAUUCCCAGACAGUGGACAGCAGCUGCAAGACACCUGAUGUCUCCUUCCUUCCUGAAGACCCCCCGGCUGAGCAGCCCAGAGCACCAGCAGAUGAGCCAGAAGCAGACAGUUUGUCCGAGACCAAAGAGGAACCGCCAGCACAGCUGCCGCCUCACACUCCACGCAACUUGCCUCCGCCAUCUGCUCCCAUGUCUUGGAACCUACAGGGUGGGGUAGACUGCACCAGCGGCGUGUUGGCAUUGACUGCCCUGCUCUUCAAGAUGGAAGAGGCUAACCUUGCAAGCCGAGCGAAAGCCCAGGAGCUUAUUCAAGCCACCAAUCAGAUCCUGACCCACACGAAACCUUCAGCAUCCUUGGGGCCUCCCCAACCACCGGCACCACCCACCCAUCCACCCGUGUCACACCUGGCUACACCACCUGUCUCCUACCUGCUUCAGAGCUCCCUGCCCAUGGGAGGCUGUGGCUCAACCCCCCCAACCCCUACAGGGGUGUUGCCAGGGUCUUUGAGCCAGACCCCAGUAGGCCCUCCCUCGUCCAGCAUCUUUGCUUCCUCAUCGGGUACCGAUCUGGGCAGCACCAGCUCUGACGGGCGAGGAGACAGUGAUAAGUACCUGAAGAAGCUUCACACCCAAGAGCGGGCUGUGGAGGAGGUGAAACUGGCCAUUAAACCCUAUUACCAGAAAAAGGAAAUCACCAAGGACGAAUAUAAGGACAUCCUGCGUAAAGCCGUCCACAAGAUCUGCCACAGCAAGAGUGGAGAAAUCAAUCCAGUCAAGGUGAACAACCUAGUGAAGGCCUAUGUCCAGCGAUACAAGUACUUUCGAAAACACGGACGCAAGAUGGAUGAGGAGUCAGGCCCCCCCAAGGAAAUGGGAGGCUUGGACAAGUCUGGCUUGCCUAUGCCCCCUCUCUGAUCUCCUCUGACAAGGAAGAAAUAUCAAAAUGGGGCCCUUCUUUUAUGCAAAUAGGCUUGGCUGAGCUCCCCAACCCCUCUGUUACCGUGGGGUGUGGAUGGGAGGGUUGGGAUAACUUGUUUUUGGGGAGGGGUGGCAUUUGGAGAGUGCGAUUCUUGUGCAUCUGCUGCCUGCCCCCAGAACCCCCCCCCCUUCUCCCCCUCCAACACUUUCAGCUUUUAGCCACAAAUCAAUGUGUGUUUUACCCUGUAAAUACAAGAUGGAAAAGGAUGGGACUAAUUUUUAGUUUCACCUCUUUGAAACCCCUCGAUGAAUCGGUGGAUGUGGUUCCUUUUCCCCGACCUAGUUUUUACUCAUUUAGCAUGGUUUUUAAUUUGAUGGUUUUAUUCUUGCCCUCCCUCCUCCACCAUCAGCAGUCAAGCAGCAGCAGUACCAUGAUCGGCGGAUAGAUGGCAACUUCCUGCUGAGGUUGGGCAACACCUUCCCAUACCGUACCCCCCAGUUGUAAGUUUGUCUGUCAUACUUCCCCCCUUCUUAUUUCCCUUUCUCUUCAUAAAACUGCAUUUAGCCAUCUAAAACUGUGCUCAUCUCUGUGAUCCUUUUAGAACAGAGUGUUGUAUCGCUUUAGAGGAAGAAUUUAGCCUUUGUGGGCAGAAAUCAUUCCACAUCCCUUCCUCAUACAGAAUUCAUUACAGAAAGAUGGGUUGUGUUUGCUACUUUAAUCCACACCCUGCCCCAUUUCCACUUUGGUAUUGGGUGUUUUGUAAGUAUCACCCCCCCCCCAUCAUAGAGGUAGCUGCAUAAUCUCAACACUAUAUGGAAGCUUCUGUAAUUCAGCUACCCCAACAUAGCUAUCUCCCUUCAUGGGUGGAAAUGGGAGCUCUGGUACACCCUAGAAACUGAUUGCAGUUGACUGCUUUUGCACACUUCCGCUUCCUACCCCCUCUAUGGACUAUUGUUCAGUUUUUUGUUCUUGUCCCAUCGCUGGUAGCAGAAGACCCUUGCUAUUCUUGGGGGCAAGUGCAGACAAUUAUUUGCAACUUUUAUUUUUGCUUAGUUCACUUUAUGGCUUGAGGCAAGAAAUAGGUACAAAGAGUCAAGAAUCUUACGUAACAUCAGGUGGCAGUAGGGGUGGGGGGAGCAGGGAGAGAAUGAGCCAGAGGCAACUUCUGUCCCCGUUUUCAUGGCCUGAAUUGGACAGCUCUCCUUUCACAUCUGCAGUGAACUGCUGGGAAACAAUCCCAGGCCUGUUUAUUAGUGGCCUCAAAGAUGCUCAGAACUUGGUUCUUUGGCUAAAUAACCCAAGCGACUGGCCGGAGCAGCAUCACAAGGAGGGUGCUAAUGUACUAGCAGGGCUCAGCUGGCUCCUGGGCCAUCAGUAGCAUUGGAGGUGAUUGCUGCCACCACCUGCUGGCCAGGAACCCUUGCCUGGAGGCAAUGGGUGUGUCUUGCCUGGAAUAACAAAAAUGCCUUGAAACAGCCCAGGAGUGAAUGUGUCUCUCCAAGGAGGCAGGUGAAGCUGUAGGUCUGGCAGUGUAAUUCUAAGUAUUCUGCAGCAGACAAUGGAGUAACCAAGCAUUGAUGGGAACGGAGGAAGAUAAACAACAUUUUAAGAAGCAGAGAUGGGGAGGAAAUUGGGGCUUCAGGGGGAGUUCACACCACCCGUCUAUGCAGGCAUCCAGCGUAUUCCAGAGAAGCAAAAGGCUGACCUCCAGGCAGCUGGGUGAUUGUUUUGGUUCCUGGAGAAAU